AUGGCCGGUGCCAGCACGCCCAAGAUGGCGAUAAGCGCGAGUAACUGCGGUGUACUAGGAAGUAUCGGCUGCGGAAUGAUGCAGCCUAACGCACUCAAGAGCGCAAUUAGAGAGACAAAAGCGGGGACUGAGAGACCAUUUAAUGUUAAUUUAUUCGUAACGGACAAUCAAGAAGGAUACAAUGUGGACAGCGUCCGCGAUAGGUUGGCGUGGCUAUACGACUACUAUACGGAGAUGGGACUGGAUUCACCACGUCCAUCCACAUUCGCACCCAAAUUCGAGGAGCAGUUUGAAGCCCUCCUGGAAGCCCAGCCUCCUAUUGCGUCGUUUGUCUUCGGUGGGAUAGAUAUUGCACGCGUAAAUGCCUUGCAUGAGCGAAAUAUAUCUGCAAGUGAUGUAAUAGGCGCCGCCACCACACCAACUGAGGCUGAAUACUGGCAGAGAGUGGGUGCAGAUGGGAUAGUUUUGCAGGGAAUAGAGGCUGGUGGACACAGGUGCAGUUUCCUAGAUCCAGAAAAUCCAGGCGAGCCGCUCAGUGAGCUGCUCAAAGCGACGAGACAUCUACACACACCGCUCAUCGCAGCUGGCGGGAUAAUGAAUGGUAGGGACGUGAGAGGUGCUUUGAGGCAAGGAGCAGACUGUGCACAGCUCGGCACGGCAUUUUUGACAACCGAGGAGUCACCUGUACCUGCAUCAUACCGUGAAUCUCUCAUCGCUGCCCAUAAUGACGAUACCACUCUCACAAAGGCCUUUUCAGGGAGAUGGGCACGCGGUAUUAGGAACAGAUUUACAGAUAUGGCUGGAGUGCAAUUCACAGCUCCUUAUCCAGUUCAGAAUGCCCUCACUCAGCCUCUGCGUAGCAAUGCAGCAACACAUCACCGCUCAGAUGAGUUAUCACUGUGGGCAGGUAUGGGUGUUGGGGCUGUUCGUGACUCUCCCUCUACUCCACACCUCAUCGAUAAGCUGCAGAGGGAAUAUGAUGGCUAUAAUAUAUGA